AUGACCCAAGCAACUUCGAUCCCAGGUAUCCUCUCCUCCUUCACCGAAAAGUGGUCCCCUCGUCUCGUCGCCUCAAUAAACGACCACGAUGUCAAAGUCGCCAAAAUCGACGGUAAAUUCAUCUGGCACGCCCAUCCAGACUCAGAGGAACUCUUUUACCUACUAUCUGGAAACUUGACGAUGGAGAUCCAAGGCAAAGAGCCAGUGAUCAUGAAAGAAGGCGACAUGUAUGUCGUGCCCAAGGGCGUGACACAUAAGCCUGUGGCAAUGAAUGCAGUUAUCAUGAUGGUGGAGCGUGAAGGAACCGUCAAUACAGGAGAUCAGACAGAUUCAGAGAGGACAAAAACGGCAAAGGAUGUGAGGGUGGAAAAUGCGGAAGAAUAG